AAACUUUGCUCAUUUGACAUCAAAGCGGGUCCGAAUUCAAUUCUUCGUUCCAAGCGCGAGUCGCCGCAUACUACGUCAUCGACGGUAAUCUGCGGCGCGUGUUUUGACGCGUCUACGUGAAUUGUGAAACCGAAAACAUGCCAGUGCCUACAGUUUUAUCGACACGGCAGGAAUAGGCGGAUUCGAGUUCAGAGUCGCCGUCCGCUAAUGAACGGCGGGGCGGCGUUGCCACUGUUAACCGAAAUUAAAUCGUGGCCAUUCGAUGUCGCCCAGUUUCGAUUAAAGGACACGAUGAAAGUCGACGACUUAUGACGAGCGUUUUCGAGACGUUUUUCGCCAUUUUCUUUCGUUUUUUCGGUUUGUUCAUAAAAAAUAUCUGGGAAAUUUUGACGAAGGCCCAGUCCCGGGGUCGCAAUCCGGAUAACGAAGCGACCGAUACCGAAUCGCAGCUGGAUCGCGAAGGUGAAAGGUUAACGCGACCCAACACCCUGAGCGUCACGCCUAAAGUCUACACGAACUUCAACGUGUUCAAUCGCAAGUUGAAAAAGGCGCUGCAAGAACAACGGCAGUUGGAUAACAUCGAGGAGCGAAGUCCCCAGCGCAGUGACGGUUUGACAGGUCCGGGAAAUGUCAAAGACGAUCGCGACAGUACUGGUUCGGGGGUGAAUCUCGAAGAAUUCGCUCAACCGAAGAACGAAAUCGAAACAGCGCCAUCUGUCGUCGAUCCCUCGGAACAGUUCGCGAAAAAUCCUCUAUUGACGAUCGAGAAAGCUUCGCCGAUGGCGGAAGGGGGACGACAAUAUAAAGAAGGAGCGCCUAGCGGCGUUUCCAAAAUGGUCAUGCUGGGUAGUAACCUGAACCAAAGCGGUCAGCGACCGGAUACGCCCCCGGAAACACCGGAAACUCCGGCAGCCGCCGCCGCGGGCCGAAACGACUUCGUCGCUCAUCAUCAGUCUUACUACAACCCGUCGAUUUUGGACAACUCCGAGGUGUGGACGAAAGUGAUCCUGAGCAAACGGAAUCUGGCCCGGCGGAACAGCAAGAGGUUCGUCAUCGGUGACGGGGAGGACGAGCUGCCGUCGCCCCUCACCCCCGAUGUCACCUUGACGGAGAGCCCGUCGGUCGAGAAUCGAAGCGACUGGUUGUCGCAGGAGAACUGCGGCAGGUUUUUGCGCGUACGGAAGACGCUGACGCCGUCCAUGUCCCAAGGGACUGUUAUGCUGCACAACAAUCGCCUACAGGAAAAAGAUUUCACGGUUGCCACCCCCGAAGAGUUCGUGAAAAGAUUUAACGGCACCAAAGUCAUCAAUAAGGUGUUGAUCGCGAACAACGGCAUAGCUGCGGUGAAAUGCAUGCGAUCGGUGCGUCGCUGGUCCUACGAGAUGUUCAAGAACGAGAGGGCGGUCCGUUUCGUAGUCAUGGUCACCCCGGAAGACCUCAAGGCGAACGCCGAGUACAUCAAAAUGGCCGACCACUACGUGCCGGUACCCGGGGGCACCAACAACAACAACUACGCCAACGUGGAGCUGAUCGUCGACAUUGCGGUCAGGCUGCAAGUGCAGGCGGUGUGGGCUGGAUGGGGUCACGCGUCGGAAAACCCGAAACUGCCCGAGUUGCUCCACAAGAAUCAGAUAGCCUUCAUUGGGCCGUCGGAGAAGGCGAUGUGGGCUUUGGGGGACAAAAUCGCCUCGUCGAUCGUCGCCCAGACUGCGGACGUGCCUACGUUGCCUUGGUCCGGCUCAGGGUUGAAAGCUCAGUACUCCGGCAAAAAGAUAAAAAUCUCGUCGGACCUAUUCGCGAGGGGGUGCGUGACGAACGCGGAAGAUGGCCUGUCGGCGGCCCAAAAGAUCGGCUUCCCCGUCAUGAUCAAAGCGUCGGAGGGCGGGGGCGGUAAGGGCAUACGAAAGGUCGAAAGCGCGGAGGACUUCGCCGCCGCCUUCCGCCAAGUGCAAACCGAGAUCCCCGGCUCGCCGAUAUUCGUAAUGAAAUUGGCACGGGGCGCCAGACACCUGGAGGUGCAACUUUUGGCGGACAACUACGGCAACGCGAUAUCGAUAUUCGGUCGCGACUGUUCGAUCCAGAGGCGGCACCAGAAAAUUAUCGAGGAAGCGCCCGCCGCCAUCGCCAGUCCGGAGAUCUUCGACGAGAUGGAACGCGCGGCGGUCAGACUAGCAAAAAUGGUGGGUUACGUAUCGGCCGGCACCGUCGAGUACCUCUACGACACCACAGGCGACUAUUACUUCUUGGAGUUGAAUCCGCGGCUGCAGGUGGAGCAUCCCUGCACGGAGAUGGUGUCCGACGUUAAUUUGCCCGCCGCCCAGCUGCAGAUCGCGAUGGGGCUACCACUGCACUACAUCAAGGAUAUCAGAUUAUUAUAUGGCGAAUCGCCGUGGGGUAUGACGGAAAUCGAUUUCGACACGCCCCGUCAAAAGCCGCAGCCGUGGGGUCACGUGAUAGCGGCGAGGAUCACGUCAGAGAAUCCGGACGAAGGAUUCAAACCGAGUUCCGGGACCGUUCAGGAGUUGAACUUCCGGUCGUCGAAGAACGUAUGGGGCUACUUUUCCGUCGCCGCUUCCGGCGGCCUUCACGAGUUCGCCGAUUCCCAGUUCGGCCAUUGUUUCUCGUGGGGCGAGAACAGGGAACAGGCCCGGGAGAAUUUGGUGAUCGCGUUGAAGGAGUUGUCGAUCAGGGGCGAUUUUCGAACUACCGUCGAGUAUCUCAUAACGCUUCUGGAAACGAAGAGCUUUCAAGAAAAUACGAUCGACACGGCGUGGCUGGACGUCCUGAUUUCGGAGAAGGUGCAGGCGGAAAAGCCCGACGUCAUGUUGGCGGUGGUGUGCGGAUCGCUGCACAUCGCCGACAAGACGAUCGAAACCGCCUUCCAGGAGUUCGUCAAUUCGUUGGAAAAGGGUCAGAUACAGGGCUCGAACACCCUGUCGAACGUUGUCGACGUCGAGUUGAUCAACAACGGUAACCGGUACAAAGUGCAGGCGACGAAGAGCGGACCGAACACCUACUUCUUGCAGAUGAACGGGAGCUUCAAGGAAAUCGAACUUCACCGGUUGAACGACGGCGGCAUUUUGUUGUCGGUGGACGGGUCGUCGUUCACCACUUACAUGAAGGAAGAGGUCGACAGCUACCGGAUCGUGAUCGGUAAUCAGACGUGCGUGUUCGAGAAGGAAAACGAUCCGUCCAUUUUGAGGUCGCCGUCCGCCGGCAAACUGAUCGGGUUCCUCGUCGAGGACGGAGGUCACGUCGCUAAGGGUCAGACUUAUGCCGAAAUCGAGGUCAUGAAAAUGGUCAUGACGCUGACGUCGAACGAGGCGGGCGUCAUAACGUUCACGAAGCGUCCGGGGGCGGUCCUCGACGCCGGUUCGAUUUUGGCCACCCUCGAAUUGGAAGACCCCAGUUUGGUAACUAAGGCCGUCCUCUACAAAGGUCCGUUCCCGGAAAUGGACGUGUCGUCGCAAGGCGUGCCGGAAAAACUGAACCACAUCCACAACGCGUACAAGGCGAUGCUCGAGAACACUUUGGCCGGUUACUGCCUCCCGGAUCCGUACAACGCGCCCCGUUUGAGGGAGGUGAUCGAGAAGUUUAUGGCGUCGCUGCGCGAUCCGAGUUUGCCCUUGCUCGAGCUCCAGGAGGUGAUGGCCACCAUUUCCGGCCGGAUCCCGAUAGUGGUCGAGAAGAAAAUCCGGAGGCUGAUGGCGUUGCACGAGCGGAACAUCACGUCGGUACUCGCCCAGUUCCCGAGUCAGCAGAUAGCCAGCGUGAUCGAUAGCCACGCGGCGACGCUGCACAAGAGGUCCGACAGGGACAACUUUUUCCUGGCCACGCAGGGGAUCGUCCAAUUGGUUCAAAGGUACAGGAACGGAAUCAGGGGCCGAAUGAAGGCGGCCGUGCAAGACCUCCUCAAACAAUACUACGAUGUGGAGAGUCAGUUUCAGCACGGCUCCUACGACAAGUGCGUCAGCCUGCUCAGGGACAAACAUAAGGACGACAUCAAACUCGUGUCGGCCGUUAUAUUUUCGCACUCGCAGGUCGCCAAAAAGAACCUGCUCAUAACGAUGCUGAUAGAUCACCUAUGGUCGAACGAACCCGGUCUAACCGACGAACUCGCUCCGGCUCUAACCGAACUCACCACGUUGAACAGAAGCGAACAUUCUAGAGUGGCGCUUCGCGCCCGUCAAGUAUUGAUCGCCGCCCACCAGCCCGCCUACGAGCUACGUCACAACCAGAUGGAGAGUAUAUUUUUAUCCGCCGUCGACAUGUACGGACAUGAAUUCCACCCGGAGAACCUGCAGAAACUGAUCGUUUCGGAGACGUCGAUAUUCGACAUCCUGCACGAUUUCUUCUACCACAUGAACCGGGCGGUGUCGAGUGCCGCCCUCGAGGUCUAUGUCAGGCGGGCCUACACCAGCUACGACAUCAUCACCCUGCAGCACUUGGAACUGAGCGGCGAGAUCCCGGUGGUUCACUUCCAGUUCAUUCUGCCGCCGACGCAUCCCAAUCGAUUGACCAAAGUCGUUCAGAUAGUGGACUCGGGUUUGGGAGGAAACCAACCCAAAGUUGUCGACACGUUUCAACGAACCGGCUGUAUCGCCGCGUUCGACAACUUCCACCAGUUCGAGGAGUACUCGGACGAAAUCCUCGACUUAAUAGAAGACUUGGCGAAUCCGGCCACCAUUUCGGCCAAGGACUUGGCCGCCGUCGAGUCCGGAUCCGAGUCCAGGAAAAAUUCCACGUCCAUUAACGUCAGUCUCACCUUGGACGCCGCUAGGCCCGUUCAGAACGACGACAACGUCAUCCUCGAACCGAUCCACAUCCUCCACGUCGGCGUGAAGGACGAAGGUGACAAGGACGAUGCCACGAUGAGCAAAAUAUUCGCCAAGUUUUGCGCGAAACACAAGGAGGAACUCGCGUCUAGGGGUAUCAGAAGGAUCACGUUCAGCCCCCUGAAGCACAAACAGUUUCCCAAAUAUUUCACAUACAGGGCGCGAGACGCCUUCCUCGAGGACAAGAUCUACAGGCACUUGGAGCCCGCGUCGGCCGCCCAAUUGGAGAUCAACCGGCUCAGGUCGUACAACUUGGAGGCUUUACCGACGUCGAACCAGAAGAUGCACCUCUAUCUCGGCAAGGCGAAGGUGGCGCCCGGCAAAGAGGUGACGGACUAUCGAUUCUUUAUCCGGAGCAUCAUCAGGCAUUCGGAUUUAAUAACUAAAGAGGCGUCGUUCGAGUAUCUGCAGAACGAAGGUGAGCGGGUGCUGCUGGAGGCGAUGGACGAGCUGGAGGUGGCGUUCUCUCACCCGUUGUCGAAGAGGACCGACUGCAAUCACAUCUUUUUGAGUUUUAUGCCUACCGUGAUCAUGGACCCGGCUAAGAUCGAGGAGGGCGUUACCAAUAUGAUCCUGAGGUACGGCGCCCGCCUCUGGAAACUAAGGGUAUUGCAGGCGGAAUUACGAAUGCUAAUAAGACCGGCGCCCAACGCCGAAACCACGACGAUCAGGUUGUGCAUAGCGAACGACAGCGGGUACUACUUGGACAUCAACAUGUACACGGAAGUGAUCGACAAGGAGACCGAAGAGAUCAGGUUCCAGGCGUACGGUACCAAACAGGGUCCGAUGCACGGCUUGCCGAUAUCGACUCCGUACCUCGCCAAGGAUUAUCUCCAACAGAAACGGUUCCAAGCGCAGAGCAACGGUACCACGUACGUGUACGACUUCCCGGAGAUGUUUCGGCAAAUGGUAGACCUCCACUGGAACCAGUACAGUCAGGAGCAUAUCUCGGAAACGGUCUUGAAGCCGGAAAAACUGAUGGAUCUGAUGGAACUGGUGCUCGAUCCGGAAACGGAGAGUCGAUUGGUCGAGCAGAAACGAGUACCGGGCGAGAACAACGUCGGCAUGGUAGCGUGGAGAUUAACGCUGUACACUCCGGAGUAUCCGGACGGGAGGGACGUCAUAGUCAUCGCCAACGACAUCACUUACUUGAUCGGUUCGUUCGGGCCGAGAGAAGACAAGGUUUACGGUUUGGCGAGCGAGAUGGCGCGCGAUUUGAAGUUGCCGAGGAUCUACAUCUCGGCUAAUUCAGGCGCCAGGAUCGGCCUCGCGGAGGAGGUCAAGGCGCUGUUCAAGGUCGCGUGGGAGGACGACGACGACCCCGAGAAAGGGUUCAAGUAUCUGUACCUGACGCCGGAGGACUACGCCAAAGUUAGCCCUUACAAUUCGGUGCGGGCCGAAUUAAUAGACGACGAAGGUCAGUCGCGGUACAAACUGACCGACGUGAUCGGCAAAGACGACGGCCUGGGCGUCGAGAACCUGAAGUACGCCGGCUUAAUUGCCGGCGAAACGUCGACCGCGUACGACGAAGUGGUCACCAUAUCGAUGGUGACGUGUCGCGCCAUCGGCAUCGGCUCCUACUUGGUCAGGCUGGGCCAGAGGGUGAUACAGAUCGAGAACUCACCCAUCAUCCUCACGGGUUACGCCGCUCUGAACAAGCUCCUUGGACGCGAGGUGUACGCUUCCAACAACCAAUUGGGCGGAGUCCAGAUUAUGUACAACAACGGCAUUUCCCACAAAACGGAGCAGAGCGACCUCGACGGCAUAUACACCAUCUUGAAAUGGUUGUCGUACAUGCCCAAAGAUAAAUUGUCGCCGGUGCCGAUCAUAAAACCGGCCGAUCCGAUAGACAGGGAAAUCGGGUUCGUUCCGACCAAGACUCCGUACGAUCCGAGAUGGAUGCUGGCAGGCAGGGAAACCACCAGCGCAACCGGUCUGACGGCGUGGGAGAGCGGGUUCUUCGACAGAGGUUCUUGGUCGGAGAUCAUGAACCCGUGGGCGCAAACCGUGGUUACUGGGCGUGCCCGUCUCGGCGGCAUACCGUUGGGCGUCAUCGCGGUCGAAACAAGAUCGGUAGAGCUCAAUCUACCCGCCGACCCGGCCAAUUUGGACUCGGAAGCGAAGACCGUGUCCCAAGCGGGCCAAGUGUGGUUCCCCGAUUCGGCCUACAAGACGGCCCAGGCAAUUCAGGACUUUUCCAGGGAGGACCUGCCCUUGAUAAUAUUUGCGAAUUGGAGAGGUUUCAGCGGAGGAAUGAAAGACAUGUACGAACAAGUGAUGAAAUUUGGUGCCUACAUCGUCGACGGUCUCCGUCAGUACAAACAGCCGAUCAUCGUUUACAUCCCGCCCAACGGGGAGCUCAGGGGCGGCGCGUGGGCGGUCGUCGAUCCCACCAUCAAUUCCAGGUACAUGGAGAUGUAUGCGGACACCACAGCUCGAGGCGGAGUCCUCGAACCGGAAGGAUUGGUGGAGGUGAAAUUCAGGAAGAAGGACCUCCUGAAGGCGAUGCACAGAUUAGACGCCGUACUCCGGGAGUUCGACGAGAAAAUCAAACAGUUCAAUCAGCAGCAACCGGUCAGGGAACGGUCCGCCAGCAUCACCACCCACUUGCAGACCGAACGUCAGAAGCCGAAAGAGAUUGAAGACAUCGAGGCGAAAAUCAGGAACAGGGAGAAUCUGCUCCUGCCCAUGUACCAUCAGGUGUCCGUGCAAUUCGCCGACCUCCACGACACCCCGGAACGCAUGUUGGAGAAGGGUUGCAUAAACGAUAUAAUACCGUGGAAACGGGCCCGUCACUCUCUGUAUUGGAGAUUGUGUCGGUUGCUGCUUCAAGAUAGAAUACUGAAAGCGCUCCUCGAGGCUCAACCGGAGGUCGGAUUAGGUCAGGGCGAGUCCAUGCUGAGGCGGUGGUUUGUCGAAGACAAGGGCGCUGCAGAGGGGUACAAGUGGGAUAAAAACGAGGUGGUGGUGCAGUGGUUGGAGGAUCAACUGAACAAGCCGCCACACGAGUCCAUCAUUAGCAGAAAUAUUCACGCGGUGAAGAAAGAUGCAGGUCUUAACCAAAUCCGCAGCCUGUUGGAGGAGUGCCCCGACAUGACUCUAGACGCCAUAGACGUAAUAAUAGAGAAGCUCAACGAUAACCAAAAAGUAGAGGUGUUGCGGAAGUUGUCCCAUUUGGGGUCGCUGGAGAAUGUAGAUUAAACGUAUGAAAUAUAGCGGCCUAAACUAGACAAGUCUUUAACCUUGUACAAAGACGGUUGAAGUUUCUUAUGGGUCCCACUUCAACUAGCCAAAGAUUUGGGGAAAACGACGAAAAUACGCGGUAUUUGUUUUAAUAAAAAUUAGAAUUUUACUUUUUAAAACUAAGCAACUUUUGGUGCUGCUGAUGACGGUCCGUUUCCCCGAUCUCCCAUAAGAAACUUCACGAUUACUACUACUACUCAUAGGUGCCUGCGUGCCGAAAGAAGGCUUCGGCAAUGUGAUUACCUCUUAACUUAGGAGUUAUUUUUAUAUCGAAACCCUGCGCGGUAGUUCACCUUUACGCAACCGAGUACAUUCUAUUAUCUUAAUUUAUUUCGAAUUGUACAGUUAAUAUGGUCUGUCAGCCGGACCGAUUGUUAUAUUCCUUU